CAAUUGGAAUUUUUUGUGCCGACAAAACAUCACGAAUUCUGCAGAAAAUUUUUUUGUUGCCAAUUAUUUCUUCAUAUUUUCACGAAAAAUAUUCGAUUUUUUUUCGCAACUAACACAAUCAAUAUCCGGCCAUAAGGAUAUAUUUAAUGUUUUCUACAUUUAUUUGACCAAUCCAUCAUGGAUAUGCAGCCAUCAUCACCUGAACUUAUGGUGUGUCAAGCGCUGCGCGCAGCCACCGAUAGCAAUCACGAAGUGGUACGUAAAGCUGAGCUCCAACUGGCCGAAUGGGAAGGACAGCCAGGUUUUUUUACAACACUAACACGCGUAUGUCUGUCUGCGGUAGGUGGCAUGGAUCCUUCGAUGGCCCAGCAACUAGAUGUGAAUGUACGUUGGAUGGCUGUGGUGUAUUUGAAGAAUGGCAUAAAUAAAUUCUGGCGUAAAGGAACACGCCUGGAGUUGACGCAGGAGGAGAAGCAACAAAUUAGGGAUUUACUAUUAGUACACUUUGCCAAUGAACCCAUACCUCAAAUUUCCUUACAAAUAGCUGUUUUAAUGGCUCGUAUAGCUCGCAUAGAUUGCCCCCGUGAGUGGCCUCAGUUGAUACCAGAACUACUGAAGCGUCUGCAGGAGCUCGCAGCAAAUGUUGGAAGCUGUGAAGCCUACGAUUCGGGAGAACAGCAAAGAGUGCUUUUGACAUUACAUCAUGUUAUCAAGGCAUUGGCCUCUUGUCGUUUAAUGGCCGAAAAGAAGGCAUUUGAAGAGCUUACUGGUAAUAUUUAUGAAUUUAUAUACCAAUUAUGGGAUACACAUUGUCCACUGUUCUUCCAUCAACUGAAAGAGGCACCACCCUUGGCUAAAAUUACCUUAGAACGAUCAGUGUUAUGCACUAGAAUUUUGCGUAAAUUAACAAUAUAUGGAUAUUCAAAACCACAAUCUUCCGAAAUAUGCCUCAGUUUCAUAGAGAAACUAUUUGAACGUCUUAAGCAAUGUUUGAACUGUCGCUUUGAGCUGCGACAAUUAAAUGCUGAUGAACAAAUUAUAGCCCUAUUGGAGAAGUUGAUAUUGAAACAGAUGAAGACAUUAUUGGAAUUCCAUGAGAUGCAUGCUGAAGCUUUUAAGAAUUUUGCACCCAUGGCAUUGCAGUUCUCGUUCGAUCAUGUCUUCCACAUAAGUGCUUAUCUUAUAUUCACCGAUAAUAUAAUCAAUUUUCGCCAGUUUGCCAUUCACUGCAUUAAUCUGAUGAAGGGUCUCAUGUCACCGUUCUACUGGCAAAAAAUAGACAACUCUUGGGACAGUGAAAACAAUCGUGAAUUGGAGAUACGCACGUCUCUGGAGAAAUUCUUCACCGAAGAACGUUUAAGUUAUAUUUGCGAAAAGAUCAUUACGCACUAUUUUAUACUAACACAAAUAGAACUCGACCUGUGGCUGGAAGAUCCAGAGGAGUUUGCUCAAGAUGACAAUGGAGGAGACACGUGGAAGUAUGCAUUGAGACCAUGUGUGGAGACACUAUUUGCCGCCUGUUUUGCGAGUUACCAAACACAAAUGUCCGCCGAAGUAGUAAAAUACAUACAGAAAGCCCAACAAAUACAACUGACACCGAGUUCGGAUCUUAAGGACAUUCUGCUAAAGGAUGCAAUUUACAAUGCGGCCGGACAAGCCUCUCUACAUCUGUUCAAUGAACUUGACUUUGAUGCCUGGUUCAGUGGCCAGCUAUUGAAUGAGCUAAAAAUUGACUCGGACAAUUUUCGAAUAUUACGUCGUCGUAUAAUUUGGUUGCUCGGAGAAUGGGCCGGUGUAAAAUUCUCUCGUGACCUUCGUCCACUUGCAUACGAGGCCUGUUUACAUUUGCUGCGACAUACAGAAGAUAUGUCCAUUCGUCUGGCUUCCUCCAGGACAUUGUCAAUUUUGGUUUCAGACUUUGAUUUUGCUCCCGAUUCAUUUUUACCCUACUUGGAACCCUCGUUUAAUGCUCUGUUUGUGCUGCUGCGCGAAUCUAAAGAGUGCGAUACUAAAAUGAAAGUCUUGACAAUCAUGUCGUCCUUGGUGGAGAAAAUGAGCGAUAACAUUGAGCCGCAAGCUGAUAAUUUGAUAUCGUAUUUGCCGCUAUUGUGGAAAGAAAGUGAGGAUUACAGUAUGUUGCGUUGUGCCAUCAUAUGCACGCUACAGCAAGUUGUUAAGGCUAUACGUGAUAUUCCGGAGAAAAUGCGUCCUUUCUUGUACAGUGUUAUUGCAUUGAGUACAGACAUACAGGAGCCUUCUCACAUCUAUCUUAUCGAAGAGGGUCUAUCGUUGUGGGUGGCAGUGGUGGAAAAUUCGACUAGCAUGUCGGAACCUCUCAUAAAUUUGUGUCGAAACAUUAUGCCGAUUAUAGAAAUGUCUUCGGAAAAUCUGCGCACCGUGCUAGUGCUAAUACAAGCAUACAUUUUGCUGGAUGCCCAUGCGUUCUUAGAACGUUAUGGUCGUUCAUUUAUAGACUUCUGCAAUCGUAUGUUUGAUGACAUACGUCCCGAGGGCAUAAGUCUAAUGCUGAAAGUUUUGGAAAUUUGCCUAAAGACAGAUGCUACCUAUGGCUUAGAUUUAGUUCGACCUCUUCUACCAUAUAUAUUCCGACAAGUAUACAGUAACAAGGAUUUCCCCAUGCUUAUGGGCAUGUAUUUGACAAUGGUGGCACGAGUGUUGUUAAUCAGUCAACAGGUGUUUAUGGAAGUUAUACAAGAACUGCAACAGCCAGAUGCUUUGGAAAAGAUAUUGGAUGUGUGGAUCACGAAGAUGCCUUUGGUGACGGAGUUGGAAAAACUGAAACUGUUCUGUUUGGCCUUCCUGUCAAUAUUCUCUAAUAAUCCCAUACUAUUGGAGCGAUUUCCUGCCAUCAUGCAAAAUAUCAGUGAUACCCUGUUUGAGGUAAUGCGCGAAGACGACGACGAUCCGGAAGAUGCCAAUAAUCCCAACAAAACGAAUGAAACUAAAACGGUCAAGUAUUGCGAUUCGUUGGUGUUUGUCGACGAGUACGAUUUAGACACGAGCAGCUAUUGCACCAUGGACGAUUUCGAUUAUAAGACCUAUCACUACGAUCGCUGCAGGCAAUUGUCUCUCAAGGAUCCGGUACACAAAAUCGCACUACCACAAUACAUCGAAUGGCAAUUGAAUAACCUGCGCACUCAACUGGGCGAUGAGGCCUACCAGCAGUUAAUGCGUUCCGUUUAUCCAGCUGUAUUGGAGAAGUUUGGACAAUUUGCUAAUUUGCAAAUAACAUUUCCCAUUAAUUAGCGUCUCAUGAGAAUCUAAAAACAACAAAAAAAAACUAGAAUCUAAAAUGUUUCUACUAAAGAUGUAAGCGAUGUAUUGCAAACGACUCAAUUUGCAGUUAAUGUCUGGCAUCUGUUGCUUAUUUCUAAGUUACUAUUCUAAUCAUUUAUAUUUUUUGAUACCAAUGUAAAUUAUUUGAUGUAAUUUUUUAUUAAUUUUAAUUUGUACACGUUUAUUUUUUCUAAUUUUAAAACCCCUCAACAACUAAACGCAUCUCUAAGGCUGCGAUAUUAAUUUUAUAAAUUGUUUUGUUAAAAUGAUAAUAAAAGGAAUAAUUUCAAAUUAGAA